GUUGUUUCUGCGCUCUACAAUGGAGCGGUUAGUGAGAGCAGCACAAGCGUGGCGUUGUCGUUCAUAUCCCACUUUCCACACCCUAACUUGUCACUCCUCUCGCCGCCUUCCCCGUUCUUCAUAUUCCAAAUUUGCACCAGCUUGGUCCACCUCCUCCGUUUCUGAUGUUUCAAGUUCUCGAGUUUCGCGUGAGCAUCCGGGACCGUAUUCGUUGCUUCCAGCUGUAUUAGCUGGUAUUUUUGGAAUUGGAUUGGUGGAAACAGCAUACGCGGAUCAUGCUAACGAGGAUGUGCAAGAAAGUGCUAAGAAAGAACGCGAGCGAAUUGAGGAGUUGCUUAGAAGUAGAGGAAUUCGAUACGGUUCUUAUCCUCGCUUCAUUGUUGCUGUUAAAGGCCAAAAGAUCAGUGUUAAGUUUCAAAUUCCUCCCGGUUGUGAAAUUUCACAACUUAUUGCAAAUCUUACUGCGCAUCUUGGACUUAAAGCUGAAGGCCAUGGUGGUGGUUCAGAUAUGUUAUUGCGUGCUUGGGACAGCACAGUUGCUUGGCAACUUACCCUUACUCAUCCAUCCAAGCAAAAGCCUGGUCAAGUGAAUGAUUCAUCUACAACAGAUAUAAAUGCACAUGAUGGAGAUCUUUGUGUACUCAUAUUUCAUUCUCUCAUUGGCUCAGAUAAAGCUGAAAUUGAAUUUAUUAAACAAGGGAACUUGAGUCCUGAAGAGCUUGAUGCUUUCAUCUCUGUUUUACAAUUAGCUGGUAACAAGAUGGGACAAAGAAACACCUUUGAAAGAAAGCCAAGGGAAGAGACUGAACAGGAUCAAUCUGUAGAUAAAUCUAUUUCUGGUCUUGAGGCCAUGGGGGUAAGAAUUUAUGGACUCGAUGAACCCAUAGGUAUAUCAAAUGGUGAGAUAUCAUGGGACAACAUCGCUGGGUAUGAGCAUCAAAAACGAGUCAUAGAAGACACAAUACUAUUGGCUUUGCGUAGUCCUGAAGUAUAUGAUGACAUUGCUCGAGGAACUCGUCAUAAGUUUGAGUCAAACAGACCCCGAGCUGUGCUGUUUGAAGGCCCACCAGGUACAGGGAAAACUUCUUGUGCUCGUGUUAUUGCCAAUCAAGCGGGUGUCCCUUUGCUAUAUGUGCCACUUGAGGUAGUAAUGUCUGAAUUCUACGGUAAAAGUGAACGCCUUCUAGGGAAAGUGUUUUCACUUGCAAACAAUCUUCCUAAUGGUGCUAUUAUAUUUCUGGAUGAGAUUGAUUCUUUUGCUGCUGCUCGUGAUAGUGAAAUGCAUGAAGCCACACGUAGAAUAUUGUCAGUACUACUACGACAGAUAGAUGGCUUUGAGCAGGAUAAGAAGGUUGUUGUCAUUGCUGCCACAAAUAGAAAAGAAGACCUUGAUCCUGCAUUAAUCAGUCGGUUUGAUACAAUGAUUACUUUUGGCUUACCUGAUCAUCAUACUCGUCAGGAAAUAGUAUCCAAAUAUGCAAAGCACCUAUCCAGACCCGAACUAGACGAACUUGCAAGAGUUACAGAAGAUAUGUCUGGAAGAGAUAUUAGAGAUGUUUGUCUGCAAGCAGAACGAUCUUGGGCAUCAAAGAUAAUUCGAGGACAAGUAUACAAGGAUGGCGAACAAACAUACCUUCCACCUUUGCAAGAAUAUAUAGAGUGCGCCACGAAUCGACAGGAAGCGCUGCUUAGUACUGCUGCAAACAGGAAGUUUCAAAGCUCUUCCCGCCGCAAGACAAUAAUCGACUGAGACCUUGUCUAAAUUCUUUUCUUCUCUUUUUUUCUCCUUUCCAUCCCAUGGGACUAAUGAGCUAAUAUAUAUAACUUCAAGUUUUGAACGUUACAAAAGGUCCGUGGUACUCUUAUACAAAGCAUUUGAAAUUUUACUCGAACUUGUUUUUUAUGCAA